UCUCCGUCAGUGAAGCCACGAAGGAGCGAGACGAUCAGGAUGGCGGAAUGAUUUCGAGAGAAUGAGACUGCCCAGCUCUGUCCUGGUGUCGGUCUCUCUGUUUACGGCCGAAACCACGGCUGCUAUUUACCUGAGCACCACAUACCGCUCAGCGGGAGAUAAGAUCUGGCAGGGCUUCACCCUGCUCUUCACUCUGGUACCCUGCGUAUUGGUUCAGCUCACCCUCAUCUUCAUCCACCGAGACCUGAGCAGAGACAGGCCGCUGGUACUGUUGCUGCACCUUCUGCAGCUCGGUCCUGUCAUCAGGUGCCUGGAUGCCUUUUGUAUCUAUGGGGGCUCUGGGAAGGUGGAGGAGCCAUAUGUCACCAUUACACGGAAGAAGCAGAUGCCACGGAGUGGCCAAGCUGAGGAGGUGGAGCAUGAAGUGGGGCAAGCUGAGGGCAAGCUGGUUACCCAUAGAGCAGCCUUUGCUCGAACCUCAGUCAUUCAGGCCUUUCUGGGCUCUGCCCCACAACUUACACUGCAGCUCUACAUCUGUGUGCUACAAAGGGAUGUUUCUAUUGGGAGAGGCACCCUGAUGGUCAUCUCACUACUGUCCAUCAUCUAUGGUGCACUGCGGUGUAACAUUCUAGCCAUCAAGAUCCGCUAUGAUGACUACGCAGUGUCAGUGCGCCCAGUAGCAUACGUCUGCAUGUUGUUGUGGCGUAGCUUUGAAAUUGCCACUCGUGUAGCUGUGCUUGUGCUCUUCGGCUCUGUCUUGAAGGCCUGGUUGCUGCCUGUUGUCAUGCUUGGGUUUGUCAUCUUCUUCCUGCAGCCGUGGGCAGCAUUCUGGCACAGUGGUUCUCCAUUUCCUGAGAGUAUUGAGAAGACACUGACACGAGUGGGCACUGCAACUGCACUUGGUAUGCUAACUUUUCUUUACGCCGGCAUCAAUGUUUUCUGCUGGUCGGCUGUGCAACUUAAGCUCGACGACCCCGACUUGAUUGACAAAAGCCAUGGUUGGAAGCGAGCGAUGGCUUACUACUGCUUGCGGUUCAUUGAGAAUGUAGCAUUGAUCUUGCUCUGGUUUACCCAUCGCACUGAUUUUUAUCAGCAGGUGGAUGCCCCAGUGCUUGAACUGUUGUUAUUGCUGGGCUAUGUGCUUGCAGUGUUCUUUAUGCUACUCUUUUAUCAGUGCUGCCACCCUUGUAGGCACCUCUUUUCCUCUAGUCCAGCGCAGGGACUGUACGAGUGCUGUGGAUUACUACGAAUACCUUCUAUGCCCUGCACCCAAACUGGAUGCCAUCAAGACAAAGUGUCCCUGGAAAACUUUGAUUCAGCCAAAGAUUCAGGCCACAGACCACUUUCUACCACAAAAAGAGACAUCAGCAGGAGUCUGUGCUGCGUCCCUGCUGAGUCGAAGAGCAACAGUACAAAUGGAGAGUCGAUAUAGGUGGCUAAUCCAUCACAUUUGUUCCUGUCCCUUCCACUACCAGUGUCAUACUCCCAAAUAUACUGAACAUUCUUUCUGAAUAAACAUUUUUUCUAAUAAAGUGUCCCUUAUGGAUCAAAGUUUAAUAAUAAUGAUUAAUUAAUCAUUUUAUGCUUGGACAAAAAUGUCUUGAAGAAAUGGAUGACUGAAAUCUUUUUUUACAUAUGUUUUCCAGAUUAACCAGUAAGCAUGUUUUUGGCAUGGAUUCCUAAAGUGCUGUUAAUGAAUGCAUGGUCUGUUUAAGGAAAAUGCUGCUUUUGUCAAGUAAAUCUCUGUCUGCCUGUCUGUCUCUCUUUUAUUUUUAGCCUUUUUUGGACAGGAUUUAUUUAACAUAAGGAAUCUAGGUUUCAUCUUAUUUUUUGAAGAAUAACUAAUGAACAUUUUCAUAAAAAUUAUUUUGUCAACUAGUGGCGCUGGGCUGCCACAUUACCAGCAGUUACACCCAAGAAAAAAUAAAUAAUGACCUAAUUAGGGAAUUACUUGUAU